GUCUUCUGCGAGGAUUUACGUUAGUUCCGGGAGACGCGUUGGCAAUUUCCUAAACAGACCACAGUUACCUCAGUCAGUUUCGGAGGCCCGGUUCGGAGACGGAGUGUGGAUCGUUGAGCGUUUCACCAGGCGGACGGAGCGUUGCCGAGAAAAGAGGACCAGACACCGGGCUGAUAUGAGCAGGUUGCCCUGACAUGGACACAGAGAUGAUUCCUAAAUUUUCAUCAAAGGACGAGGAGGUUGAUUAUUGGAAAACUCAAGCCCUGAAAUAUAAGAAAAGUUGCCAAGAUGCUCAGGAAGAGCUGCAGGAGUUCCAGGAGGGGAGCCGGGAACUGGAAGCUGAACUGGAGGCUCAGCUCAGCCAGGCCGAAAACCGCCUUAGAGAUUUACAGGCUGAAAACUCGAGACUGAAGAACGAGCUGUCCAACCUCAAGGAAAAGCUGGAGCAGCAGUAUGCUCAGAGUUACAAGCAAAUUUCCAUGCUGGAGGAUGACCUGGGCCAGACGCGCAGCAUCAAGGAGCAGCUACACAAAUACGUGCGAGAGCUAGAACAGUCCAACGACGACCUGGAGAGAGCCAAAAGGGCAACGAUAGUUUCACUCGAGGACUUCGAGAGCCGUUUAAACCAGGCCAUCGAGAGAAACGCCUUCCUUGAGAGCGAGCUGGACGAGAAGGAGUCCCUUCUCGUGUCUGUGCAGCGGCUUAAAGAUGAAGCCCGAGACCUGAGACAGGAGCUGGCAGUACGAGAGCGGACCGCUGACAGGAUGUCCGCACCGAGCUCGCCGACGUCCGACAUCGACAAGACUGACUCUGCAGUGCAGGCCUCUCUGUCCCUCCCCGCAACGCCCGUAGGAAAGAGUAUAGAGCACGCAUUCAUCAGCCAAAAGGGUAAAGGUCUGACCAACGGCUGCGGUGGCUCCGCCCUCACCCCGUCUGCCAGGAUCUCGGCGCUUAAUAUAGUUGGAGACCUUCUGAGGAAAGUUGGGGCUUUGGAGUCCAAACUUGCAGCUUGUAGGAACUUUGCCAAAGACCAGGCGGCACAAAAGAAAUACUCCACAGACAUGGGCGCGCUCAUCAACGGCAAUGCCACAAAGUUCCCGCACCCCCUACACACUUCCUACUUUGAAACGACCACUGUUAACGGACUGGACCCGAGCUCCAUGGCACCGCCCAGAGCAAUGCCUCCACCAGGCAUGCUGCCUUUGAGUGUGUGAGGAACCCCCACGCGCCGCCCAGAGCUCUGCUCCGACGCCUGUCCGUCCAUUCGGAGACGGCGACAAACCGGGCACCUGGCCUGCUGUACGUGUGUGUGUGUGUGUGUGUGUGUGUGUGUCUGAGCGAAAGCGCUCACCCGGUGGGAGUGUGCAUGGUUGAGUUAAACAGGCGCACGAGAGAUGACGCCAACUAAGGAACUUGCCUCCAGGUGACGUCUCUCGGUGCAGCUGGGUGUGGGCGCGCAGCCGUUUCUGCAUAUGUUCCUACCACGUCCUUGCAUGUGCCUAAAGCAGAGCUCCACGGUGCUUUUUAUGCCCUAGACGUCGACCUCCACGCUGCUGCAGCACCAAGUCAGCAGCUCAAACGAACUCUCUCUUGACAAAAGGCCCUCAACAGACCACAGCUUCCUUUUUUCUUUAUGUAUUUUGGUCUUGAAUUGCACAAAUAUAUUUUGAAGUUGUAAUAUUUAAAAAAAGGAUAUGCUCAUUUGAGCUAACUAUUCUCAUAUGCUUUGAAAUGCUUUUUUUUUUUUUUCUGUUUGCUGCUUUAUUUUUUUUUUUAUUUUUUAUUUUUUGCAUGUGUGCAUAAGGUUGCAGAAGUGCGGGUGGACCCCGCGCUGAAGAGACAAACCGAAGUGAAUGUUGAUUGGCCGAAGCCAUGCGGCACAGCAGUUGUCGUUUUUCUGAGUGGGUGAAGCAUUCUUCAACACUCGCUGCUCCUUAAACAAGCUGCCCCCUCUGAGAGUUUUUGUUUUUGUUAUUUAUCAGCAUUUGAGCAGAUUUCUCUGUGGAAAUUCACUUACAAAUGUAGGAAAACAUUUUUUUUUUCUUGUUUGAAUUCACUGUGUUAUAUCUUUGGGAUUUGAAUUUGGCCCUAAAACCUCCGCCUCCUGCAAAGGAUUCUCAAAGCCAAACAAAAUGUUGAAAGACCUUUGCGACUGUUUCGGUGUUACUAAACAUACCGGAGGUUAAUGGCUUCUUUCAGCUUUUGUGCAGCGCAGCACAUAUGCUAUUAAUUUGGCAUUAGCAUUUCAUGUUGGCAGCUUCGUUAUUGUCUUUGUAUCCAUUUUACUUCUCGCAGCUUACAUUUUUUAUAAAUCCUCAGUAGCCUGAAGUAUAAUUUAAAACUUAGUUGUUGUUGUUAAUUGUAUUUGAGCGCUCACUUUAGGCCCCAGGGAGAGCCUGUUACUAAAGUGACUUCUACAGCGAGUUUGUACAGUAGUGUUUAUAGAUGGUUAAAUUUUGCUUACCUGUACAUAGACAUUUGGCAUUAAAAGUCCUAUUUAUUUCAGAUUCUGUAUGGCAUGUGUUGAGAUAACGAGUUUUACUAUCAUACAGUGGUUACAGCCAUUGUGAGAUGUUGAAUUGUUAAAGCAAAUAAAGAUUGAGAUAUAAAAAAAA